AUGUUCAUGGGUCCGGAUUUUGCCAAGGUCGCCCGCCCGCUCGUCGACCUCACUCGCAAGGGUGUCUCUUUCCAGUGGACAGAUGUGCACACUCAGGCGGUACGCAAACUCAAGCAGCGUUUGAUUGAUUACACCACCCUACAGAUCCCUGAUACCACAAAACCCUUCGAGCUCUAUACAGAUGCCUCUGGCUAUGCAGUUGGCGCCGUUCUCGAACAGGCAGGUCAACCAAUAGGGUUCCUCAGUCAGGCCAUGACCCCCGCGCAGCAGAAAUACUCAAUCUACGACCAGGAGCUUUUGGCCUUAGUAUCAGCACUCGACAAGUGGGCUCACUUACUGCGACCGGCCAAGGUUACGGCCCACACCGACCACCAAGCCCUUACAUACUUACAGCAGCUCAAGGCGUCGAAGCCCCUCCGUGGCCGCACCGCCCGAUGGCUAGAUUUUCUGGCUGAGUUUCCCGAACUCACUAUUACAUACCUGCCGGGCGCUCGUAACCAAGUGGCAGAUGCACUGUCUCGUAUCCCUUAUCACUCAGCCCCUAGCCCUACACCCGCUCCCCUCGAAUCCCCUGCGAUCCCUUCUGAGUCUCUUGCAGCUCUCGUACCAGCGACUGGCCCGUCCGAACCUUCGCACGAGACCCGGGGACCACGUCCUGACUACCGGGAACUUGCCUGCCUCCGCCGACGUUCCUCCCGGCAACGCACUCCUUCACCCCCAGUUCCACUCCAGAUCCCUACGCUCGACCACGCUCCCGAAUCCCCCACGCCGACAGACCACAGACCUACACCUAGUCCUCCCCUUCUCGACUGGUCGACAGCGUAUUCUAAGUGCCCAGUGUUCUGCACGCCUUAUAAUGCUGCCUCUGACAAGCAGGGCGAAGUUGUUCAACUGGAGUUCCAACAUCGUCGUCGCACCUUCCGUUUUGUCCACCCCUAUUUACAUAUCUGCGUUAAUGGUCUCUGGCUUAUCUGGGCGCCUCAGUUUCCAGAGUUCCUCACUCAUGUUCUGUACACGCAUCACGAUCACGUCACCGCCGGACAUCGAGGCCAAAAGAAGACUUACAAGGCCCUCAGCAAGCGUUACUACUGGCCUGGCAUGCGUACUUACACCAACGAGUAUGUCGAGUCCUGCACGCAGUGUCGCGCAUCCAAAUCCCUUAAUCAAAAACCCGCAGGCCUUUUGCAACAGCUACUUAUUCCCUCGCGCCGGUGGAGCCAUGUCAGCCUAGAUUUCGUCACCGACUUACCCCUCACCACCUCUGGGCACGACGCCAUUUUGGUCGUCGUUGACUCUCUCAGCAAGAUGGCACACUUUAUUCCGGCUAAGAAAUCCCUCUCAGCCGCCGACACUGUAGAGCUCCUUGCUGACCGCCUCAUUCGCUAUCACGGCUUUCCUGAGGUCCUCAUUUCCGACCGGGAUCCUCGUUUCCAAUCAGAAGUGUGGUCGCAAUUGUGCUCACGUUUCAAUAUUACCCGAGCGAUGUCUUCUUCUUACCACCCGCAAACGGACGGCAGACGAGAGGGAAUGGGAACGCCUGCUGCCUGCCUUGGAGCUAGCGUAUAA